AUGACCAUAUCUUCCUCAUCCCUCCUCCAAAUCCCCGCCUCAUUCGCCAGCGUCUCCCUCGGCACCCCCUCAACCCCCCUCUCCUCAAAGCUAAGCGCCAUCUCCUCCUCCGGCUUCACCUCCAUCGAGCUCGGAUUUCCAGACCUCCUCUCCUUCACCCGCACCUAUCACAAUAACCAAGCCAUCCCUUCAACCGAUUACGAUUCUCUCUGCAUCGCCGGCAUCGAAGUGCACAAGCUAUGUCUGCAGCACAAUCUCGGAAUCAUGAUGCUGCAGCCCUUUUCGAAUUUUGAAGGGUGGCCCGAGGGCUCGGAGGAGAGGAAAGAUGCGUUUGAGAGGGCUAGGGGUUGGAUUCGUAUUAUGGGGGCUGUGGGUACGGAUAUGUUGCAAGUGGGGAGUUCGGAUUCCGAGGGGAUAUCGAGUGAUUUUAAUGUGCUGGCGAAGGAUUUGGGGGAAUUGGCGGAUAUGCUGGCGGUGCAUGGGUAUCGUCUUGCAUAUGAGAAUUGGUGCUGGGCCACCCACGCUCCCACCUGGAAAUCCGUCUGGGAAAUCGUACAACUAGCCAACCGCCCUAACAUGGGUCUCUGCCUCGACACAUUCCAAACCUCUGGCAGCGAAUACGCCGACCCAAGCACUCCCUCCGGACUCAUCUCACACCUCGGUUCUCAAGCCAAACUACACAUGAAUUUCACCCAAUCACUCCAAUCACUAACUUCUAGCAUCCCCCCCGAGAAAAUAUACCCCAUCACCAGAUCCCAAUGGUCACACGAUUACCGACCGUACCCCUUCAACAAUGGCUAUUUACCCGUAACAGAAGUUGCGCGUGCGGUGCUAGGAACGGGGUUUCGGGGUUGGUUUAGCAUGGAGGUUUUUGAUGGGGGAGCGGAUGGGAAGUGGAGGGAUGUACUGAGGGAGAAGGAGGAGUUGGAGGGGUUUUGUAGGGGCGCGAUGGAGGCGCAUAUGAGGUUGUUGGCGGAAUGUGCGGGGUUGGGGGGGAGGGGGAGUGUGGGGAGGAGGGUUUUGGGGUAG